AUGCGGGCGGCGGGAGCAGGGCUGCGGCUGCUGCUGCUGGUGCUGGCUCUGGCGGUGGGGCCGGGAGGCUCGGCGGAGCAGGGCGCGGCCAAGAAGCUGCGCAUGGCCUACGCUACCGGGCCGCUCCUCAAGUUCCAGAUCUGUGUCUCCUGAGGCUACAGGCGGGUGUUUGAGGAGUACAUGCGGGUCAUCAGCCAGCGGUACCCAGACAUCCGGAUCGAAGGGGAGAACUACCUUCCUCAACCUAUCUAUAGGCACAUAGCAUCCUUCCUGUCUGUCUUCAAACUAGUAUUAAUAGGCUUAAUCAUCAUCGGCAAGGACCCGUUUGCUUUCUUUGGCAUGCAAGCUCCAAGCAUCUGGCAGUGGGGCCAAGAAAAUAAGGUGUAUGCCUGCAUGAUGGUCUUCUUCCUGAGCAACAUGAUUGAGAACCAGUGCAUGUCCACGGGCGCCUUCGAAAUCACUCUGAAUGACGUUCCAGUGUGGUCCAAGCUGGAGUCUGGCCACCUCCCUUCCAUGCAGCAGCUUGUACAAAUCCUGGAUAACGAAAUGAAGCUCAACGUGCACAUGGAGCCAAUGCCUCACCACCGCUCAUAGCCCCAUCUGUCAGCGCCCAAACUUCUUGCAUUGAGUGGUGGUCUGCUGAGGCCACGUGGCUCAGACCCAUGAAGGCCUGCACUGAAGACAGGUCACUGUUGGUGCAGGCUGGAUGCUUCUCUGGCAGCCACGUUGUGCCUCCUGGCAAAGAAGGCUUUGGUGAGAGGCUCCUCCGCGCUGGGCCACUCUGCGCCGCGCAGCCCUGCCGCGCAGUCAUCCCCCAGGGGUUUUGUAAGAGGCCACCCGCCCGUGCUCAGCAAGGCAGGCAGUGCCCAUGGUAACUUAUUUUGUAUUCAUCUUCCACACCACAGCAGAUUGAGUUCAGACCAGAUGUUUUUUGUUGCUUUUCAUUCGUUCGUUUGUUUUGUUGUUGUUUUUUUUUCCCCUUGGGAAACAAAACAAGAAAAAAAAAGUUUGUCUAAUCUGUUGUAUUUUAUAUGAAUUUAUGUUCUUUUUGUAGUUCAAAAUGGAGUUAUAGGAGUGUCUGAUGUUGUCCUCCAACUGUUAAGUAAUUGACAGCUGUCUCUCAAAAUAACCUCUUAAGGUGGCUAAAGCAGGUUUGUAUAUUUUUCAGGCUAUAUGGGAGAGUCAAACAGUGGCUUCUGUGCUAAAUGAUAGAGAAUCAAUUGUGUGCAGGGUAGGGACAGCACCGUGUGAGUUUGGUCAAAGUAAAGCCCAGCUGCUCUCUCAGUUGUGCUGGCCAGCUCCAGAGGCUGUUCUGAGAGCAUUCCCAGAGAGGCUGGGCCUUCCUGCUAUCCUCAACAGGAACCAAGGAAGUCAGCUGAAAUAAAGAUGUCUCAUUUCCUGUGUGAAGUCCCUUGUUCGAGUCACUGACAGAUAUUCUUAGAACUGCAAUUGAAAAAAAGAAGUGCAUAAAAAGCCUA